GCGCCAGAACCCCAAUUUCUUUCAUUCACCAUCACCGCAACUGAUUUGGAUGCUGUCUUGUUUGGUUCUGAACGGCUGAAUGGUUGUUUUGCAAGACAGAAUUGUCCAUGUUUGACAACUGAAAGAAUGAGAAUAUGCCUCUACUGUUGCCAUGACACAAAGGAAUGAAGAACUUGGAUUCAGUUUGAUGAACACUGAUUCUGGUAACAGUGACAGGAUUGCUGGUGAUUGUCACCGUAGUGAUACAGCCAUCCCUCUAUCUGUGGUUUCAGUUUCUCCUUUUCCUCACUGGAAUAUGAAUGAAACAUCUCAAUAUUAUAAAGACGAACCAGCUGGACAUAAUUCGACAAUUGACUCCUCCCAGUUCCAAAGUUGUCAGAAUUUCCAGAUGGACCAUAAUUACCCAUACGGAGAAGAAGAAGAUAAACCCCUUCCAUGCAGACCAGAUUCAGGUUUUCCAUGUCCAGAAGGAUACAUAGGGUGGCCACAUCAAUAUAAAAAGCAUGAUAAUCCAAUAGUCCCUGAUGAUACGAUGAAUGCUGCCUUCAAUCUAAAUAGUUUUGAUAAGCCUGACAGUGGUGGAAAAUGUGUGACUCCAAGUGAUAGUUCGGCCAGCAGACCACGAAUGCUCAACCCUAGUGGAAUGACAAUGAGUGGUAAUAUUGCUUUGCCUCUGCUAAAUAUGAAUUUGGGAAUGUCACCGUUUAAUCCAAGUCAAGGUGGUGGAGAACCAUCACUUGCCCCCAGAAAACAUGAUGAAAGAUUUAUGUCUGUUGGUUCUGGAAGUAACAGAGAGUACAAAUCCAAUAGUGUAAUGCCAAAAAUCAAUGUGACUGGUAAUUCUGAGGGGGCAUUUCUUCCUCCAGUCAAUACUUAUCACAAUCAACUGGGUAGCAGAAGUUUCUUGAAUUCUGGUUUAGACAUGAAUGAUACCUUUUCUGGUUUUCAGAACAACAGUGGAAGUGUAUCUGAUAUAGUACAUACUGGCGAUCAUGAAGUUUUGUUAGAUUCUAGACCUGGCUUACGUAUGGCACCAUCAUAUGUUUUCCAAAGGCCAGCUGCUGGUGAUCAAAACACUUAUUUAAGUCACGUCAACUGGGAUUUAGGUCUUGGACGGGUGAAAGACACGGGAAGGGAAUUUGCAGAUGUGGGUCACACAAAUGGCUUUGAAAGAUGCAUGGUUCUACCUUCGAUGCCAUUUGUUGGCAGUCAAACUAUGCCUUGUGACAGUGAACAAAGCAGGGUGAAAGGACAGCUAGUUCCCUCUUCAAUUGGAAUGGUAACUGAUCAGUCACCUUCUGAGCUAUUACCUGAAAAUAAUGGGAGUUUCUCAUCACAGUUUUUCGUCAGUCCUCCUUUAGUCACGGCCACUAGAAGUGCCAGAGUACAGGAUCCUUCAAGUAAUCAUGGUCAACCUCAGGUAGUUGGUUCUAUUCAGCGAUCAAACUCUCAUCUUGGACCACGCUCUUCUGGAAUGCAAACUGGGAAGGGAAAUAUAACUGCUCAAGUUACAAGGUCAUCUAUUAUGCCAUCUCUAAAGAGGGCUGCUUCCCAACCACCGCCAUCCACUGUACAGGAUCAACGCAGGAAGACUCUACCAACUCAGCCUUUAAUUCAUCCAUCAAUUCCAACCUGGACCAGAUUGCCUCCGUCGGUCCCAAAUACACCUCAAGCAAUUCCUCCCUUGGUCCACACAGCCCAAUCUCUCACACCCCAAGCUACUCACUCUUUUGUUCCUCCAUUGCUCUCUACGACUUGGACUAAAUCAGCUCUAUCAGCCCAAAACACAGCCCAGACAAUUCCUUCUUUAAUGCACACAGCUCCAUUUCUCCCACCCAAUGACAGGAGAAUCUCAUCUUUCCACCCCUCAUCCGAUGUUUUACGUCUUCCAAACCGGCAACUGAUAGCCCAGUCUCUGGCUCACCAACGUUUGAGGGCUUCUAUUAUGCCAUCUGCUCCCAGUAUUGCUCCCAAUUACGUCAAAUAUGAAGACAAAACACCUGAACCGAUUGGAUAUAAAUGCUUGUUGUGCAAGAGGGAUCUCUCCUACACAUCAGAAGGGCCAAUUUUCCAGCCACCUGUUCCGCCUGCUGCUGCUGUCCUAUCAUGUGGCCACACCUUUCACGAGUAUUGCUUGGAGCGAAUAACCCCUGAUGACCAAUCUAAAGAUCCUCCAUGCAUUCCUUGUGCUCUUCCCGAGUCGUGAAUUUAGCCUUACUUUUUGAGUACUUCCAUUUUGAUCUCAAAAGUUCUUCGAUAGUAAAAAAAGAAAAAGAAAAAGAAAAACAGCAUUUUGGAGUAGUAGGUUAUGAUUUGAGUAUAUCGUAGUGAAGGUUUUUAUUAUAUUAUACAUCAUAUUUGAUCUGUCAUGUCUGAGUAUGUAGCUAUUGAGGUUAUUAUAAUAGAAUAAAUGUCACAUAUACACACUUCUGCACACAUCAACUCACAUCUAAUAGAUUAUUAUUUG